AUGACCCAGCGAGGAUGUGCACCAGCAGCCACACCAUUGGGAGCCUCUUGGUGCUCUCCGUGCUGGAGAUAGGGCUGGGGGUCUCCAGCGUGGCCGUGGGGGCGGUCAGUUUCAGCCUGGUCCUUGCGGAGCAUAAGCCUCAGCUGGGAGACUCUUCUCCGGUAUGGAGCGGGGUGUGUUUUCUGCUUUGUGGCAUAUGUGGAAUAUUGUGUGCCAAAAAAAAAUCUGGACUUGUCAUGAUCCUUUUUUCAGCCUGUUGCAUCUGCGGACUAAUUGGAGGAAUAUUAAAUUUUCAGUUCCUUCGUGCUCUGACAAAGAAGUCCUCCACUCUCUAUUCUUUGCAUCUUACUUCCAUGUCUCUUGCAUGCAUUGGAAUUGGAGGUUGCACACUUUCUUCCUGGCUCACUUGCCGGCUAGCCAGCUAUGAACAAAGGAGAAUGUUCUCCGAAAGGGAGCAUUCACUGCAUCAUUCCCACGAAAUGGCAGAGAAAGAAAUGACAGACAAUAUGAGCAAUGGAGGACCACAGCUGAUUUAUAAUGGAAGAGUGUACGAAAAGAUUUAAAAAGUUCAAGGAAAAAUAUAUUUUUACGAUUUUCUUCAGGACAAACAAAUAGACACCAAGAGACUGAGAUUAAAUGGAAACAGUCUUGGCUUUUAUUGCUAGAAUUUCACAACUGCAGAACAGCACAGUUGCAUUUCCCUUUAGAAACAUAUCUAAAAUUUCUCUCCCAAGGAUUUUGUGGAUAUACAGUAUUUAUUCACUCCACCUCUAUUCCUUUUUUCUUUUUGUCUGAAUAACUUUCCAGAAUUAUUA